AUGGAAGGGGCAUCGUUAUUAUUUUCUAUUAGCGGCGCAACUCAAACAACCUGUGCUCCGCUAACAUCACGGCUUAACGACUACCAAGGCUCUGAAGAAGGCGAUGACUCCGAAACGUCAGCCAGAAUAAAGGUGAAUAACAAUCUUGGUUCCGCUCAGACAAAGUGGUGCAAAAUUCAACUCUACAAUACCAAGAUUCAAGGAAGGUCGAACUUGGGACUGAAAUCACUGCUCAAAAUUGUCAAUUUCGAAACCAUUUUCCGUUUGACGCCCUCUCAAGAUAUUAUCUCCACAGCGCUUGAUAACUCUUUGUAA